UGGACACCGGAGCAGUGACCAUGACCACACUGGGGCCAUCUUCCAUGUCCUGCCACUGGCUGUUGUUCCUGCUGCUGCUCUUUUCAGGUGAGCUGGUACCAGCAAUGACAAACAGUGACCUGUCACAGACUUUCCAAGGAGGCUCUUGUUCCGAGAUAGGCCAGUACCCAAGGUACGUAGCCAAAAAGCGGAACUCCGUGGUGAAGCUCUACUGCUCCUCAAACUACUCCGGAGUCCUGACCUGGUUCCGAAAGCAAGGGGACCAGGAGCCCCAGGAGUUGUUACGAAAUGAAGGACACAUCUCCAUGAUGCAGAACGGCUCUGUCUACACCCUCACCAUCCAAAGCAUCCAGUUUGAGGACAAUGGUGUCUACUUCUGCAAGCAACAAUGUAACAGCACCAGCUUGGAUGCUGCCUGGAGCUGUGGCUCAGAAAUUAAAGUCUUAGGAUUCAGCACCUUGGAACAAUUGAAGCAGCGGAACACACUGAAAGAUGGUAUCAUCAUGAUCCAGACCCUCCUAAUCAUUGUCUUCAUCAUUGUACCCAUCUUCUUGCUACUAGACAAGGAUGACAGUAAGGCAGGAAUGGAGGAGGAUCACACCUACGAGGGCUUGAACAUUGACCAGACAGCCACCUACGAAGACAUCGUGACUCUCCGGACAGGGGAGGUAAAGUGGUCUGUCGGAGAACACCCAGGCCAGGAGUGAGGGCCACCCUCAUCUUGCCCAACUCCUGGGCCUCAUUGCUUCCGAACUGCCUGGCUCAUAGCCCAGCCCUUCUUUCCUGGAUCCUCAGCCAGCGUCUGAAGCUGGACCACUAAUGCCGCCUCUCUCUCCAGCCCCUGGUCCCCAGCUCUUGCUGAAAGACCCGGGGUAGAAGGACAAUGGGCAUUGACAUGGACUGGGGAGUUCUCUGGGGAUAGACUGGACCCAAGGCUUCUUCUAGAAGUGUCGUGCAGGGUCUGUCCUCAUGUUUGGGACAGGAAACAGAGACUUGUGGGAACCUACAAAUGGACUCAGAGCAGACUAGCUUCCUGAAGAGCCCAGGAAGGACCAUGGUCCCCACUGGCACCAGAAGGGCCUGCAAGAAUGUCAUUUCUCUCUCUCAUCCCAGGGAUUGCCUAGCCUACAGCCCAUCCUCCUGUGGAAUAA